AUGCACAUCCUCUUCGGCCCCGGUAGUCGCUCCUACCGCCACCCGUCAACGCCGCGAUCCCGCCGCCAUCCCACGACCCCGCGCGUGCUUCACGCGCCGCCGCAGCAGCGACCGUUCGCCGCCACUCUCAUGCUCGCGGCGCUCGCGCUGCUCGUGGCGUGCGUCGCGCUGCGGCCCGAUCAGAUGAUGAGAAGAUUCACGAACCGCGGCUGCCCUGCUGCGUCCAGCCUGGCCGAAUACGACCUCGUUCUGAUCGCCGAGGGCAGCAUGGCAGCGCGGGUGGUGGCGCUGUGCGGCAUGGAGGCGCUAGCAGUGGCGGCGGGGUUCUCGCUCAAGGUGCUCUGGCUCACAGACGCGCCCGUGCACGCCGCUCCCUUCUCCUCGCUCUUCUCCCUCCCCGCCCACCCCAAGAUCUCCAAACCCGACCUGCGGUGGGCAGUGGAGGACACAUCACCCGAGUGUGUUGCAGGGCCGCUGCUGCAGUCGCCACCACACGGCUUCAGAUACAAAGCAGCGUCAGUGGGGGACUGUGGGGCGGCGACAGGAGUGGGAGGCAGUGCAGCAAGUGGGGUGUUCCGCAUGCCCGUUAGACUGCUCGUGUCCACUCGAGCCAGCACGUGGGAUGGAUGGGCGGACGACCCGUGUUGGAUGGCGGACGAGUUGGCGGCGUGUCUGCACUCGCUGCACCCCUCACAAGCCGUGGCGCGCCUGCUUGCAGCAGAGGACAUCCCACGUGUGCGCCGCUCCACCGCCGCUUUCCUCGAGGACACCUCUCUAGACACCUGCUCCGGCUGCCCCGCCAACAUCUCUCAGAUCAUCCCGCCCUUCUGCGAGGUCUGCAACACGCGCCGCUUCACCCACUCCCUCGCCGCCUGCACGGCCCGCCGCCUCGCCUACGACUUCCUCCGAGACCCCUCCCUCGACUUCACCAUUGCCUCUGCGCUUCCCUCCGCUGCUGCGGCCGCUGUGGGCAUGUUUCAUGUGUCUCGCACGCCGCUGCUGCUGGAGGCGAGCAGGCGCAGGGCGCAGCUGCAGUGUGUGGGGAGUGGAGUGAGACGGAGAGGGGAGGCGGGUGAUGAGGGGAUGGUGGGCGGGGGCAGGAGGGCGGAGUGUGCUGAACUGGAGGUGGCGGAGUUCCUAGCGCUAUCACACGCGCCGGCGUUCUUCUCAUCGGUGCCGCUGUCCCCAGAGGCGGAGCUCAUCACAGGGCUCGCCACGGCCCUGCGCUGGGCAGCCGGCCCGCCCUUCCGCCAGGCGCCCGUGUGCACGUCCCCCAAGCUCUUCCCCCUCGCCAGCCUGCGCUUUGCUUACCAGAUGAUUGUGGAUGGUGCGACAAGGGGAUGGGGGAAGGAUGGGGGGGGAGGGGGAAUGGGGGAGGAGUGGGGGAAUGGAAGUUCCUUGCACUCAUUCCACCCUUCUACCACCCUCUCUUCCCGCCUCCUCCCCUUCGUCACCCCCCCUCCCCUCUCCCUCUCCCUACCGCUCCCCUUACCCCUCCCCAUUUCCCUCGCCCUCCUUCUUCCGCUAUCCCUCCCCUCCCCCUCCUCUUCACCCCCCGUUCUUCCAGAGCACCUGGGGCUGAUAUACUGCUUCGUGGAGAAGGUGGCGUGCACGAGUUGGAAGAUGUGGCUGCGCGCCGCACACGGCUUCAGCAACCUCACAGACUACAACUACACGCACCACGCACACCUCAACGGACUCACGCUCAUGUACCGCGACUUAGAUGAGGACGAUGCUAUUCGGCAGUUGACCCGGAAGGAUCUGGUGAAGUUUGUGUUUGUGCGGAACCCGUUCUCGCGGCUGCUGAGCGCGCAUGCGGAUAAGCUGGUGAACGGCGGGGAGAAGCACAACGUCACGCUGUGGAACCAUCGGGUAUUUGGGCGGGAGCGGCUGGAGCAGCAUGGGGAGAGGAUGGAUGUACCAGUGGGGUUCAAGGCAGCAGUGCGCAUGGUGGCGGAUAUAGUGCGCGAGACAGGGGGCAAUGGGGAUGCUCACAUCGCCACUCAGGCGCAGCUGUGUGGGCUGCACAUGAUCCGCUACGAUGAGGUGGGGCUCUUUGAGACCCUGCACGACGAUGUGCGCCGGGUCGUCACGCGCCUCAACCGCUCCCAAGUGGACCCCGCACGCAUCUUCAAGCUCGGGUCGCAGAUCCACAAGACGCGUGCGGAGCAGAGGAUGCGCGCUGCCUAUGACAAGGAGACGAUUGAGAUUGUGAGGCAAGCGUAUGCUGCGGACUUUCAUGUGCCAUUGAACCACAUAGACUACGACAUUCCAGAUGUGCUGCGAGACAUUGCAGAGGGGAAGGGAGAGGGGGCACAUACAGGAGUAGAGGGGAAGCAGUUGCCUGAGGAUGGUGUUCAAAACUAA